AUGGAUAACCUGUGGGCUCGUCGCACAAACUCCAGCAAGCUCUCCUUGACGACGCCAGCCAACACCGCCACGGGUGACUCUGGCAGAUUUGCCUCCUCCCGGCGCCAGGAUGGCAAGCCAGGAGGGUUUCCCUCUAACCCAGGAAGCGCCCUGGCCUCGCCGACCACGGGCAAUGGUGCCUCUAGCGCUUUUGGCCUAGGAUCUGGCGCUUUUGCAUCCUUCGGCUCUGCAAAAACGCCAAAGACGCCGGGCAACCCCUUCGAUACCGUCAUGGCAUCAGCCGCGCCAAAGCAGUACGCUGCAAAAGAUGCCGCCAAGGCGGCUGGAAAGCCGCGAAGCAUGGUCCCUAUAUCAGAGGCCAGUCCUUCUGGCUCCGCUGUCGGCCAGAUACACCCGCUGAAAGACGCCUGGUCAUUCUGGUACCGUCCGCCCAUCUCCAAGGCCCAUGGCUACAUCGAGUACGAGAAUACUCUUCACGGAAUUGCCACCAUGCGCACGGCCGAGGAAUUUUGGGAAAUCUACUCACACCUCAAAAGACCCUCGUCUCUGCCUGUAGUGUCUGACUACCACCUCUUCAAAAAGGAUAUUCGACCUAUCUGGGAGGACGAGGUCAAUAGGAAUGGCGGGAAGUGGGUAGUCCGAAUGAAGAAGGGCGUCGCUGACCGUCACUGGGAAGACCUGCUCCUCUCCCUUGUCGGGGAUCAGUUUGGUGAUGCUGGCGAGGAAGUGUGCGGUGCGGUGCUCAGCAUGCGAAAUGGCGAAGACAUUCUGAGCAUUUGGACUCGAACGGAUGGUGGUCGUGUGCUUAAGAUUCGCGAAACUAUGAAGCGUAUCCUUAACUUCCCGCCCAACACCCGGGUCGAGUUCAAGAGCCACGACUCUAGCAUUCAGCAGCGAACCGCCAUCGAUGAGCAGCGUCGUGAGAAAGCUAUUCAGCACCACACCGACAAGCGAAACGCAGGCAGCUCGAGACAGGGCCACGAUUGA